AAACCCUCGUACCGCAUGUGUCCCGACAGGCUCUGUCCAGAGGGCUUCACGUGCAUCAAAGCCGGCCGCAACCCGGACUACGAUUACACCAGCUUCGACACGUUCAGCUGGGCGUUCCUCUCCCUGUUCCGCCUCAUGACGCAGGACUACUGGGAAAACCUCUACCAGCAGACUCUGCGGGCGGCGGGGAAGCCCUACAUGGUCUUCUUCGUGCUGGUGAUCUUCCUGGGCUCCUUUUACCUGGUCAACCUGAUCCUGGCCGUGGUAGCCAUGGCGUAUGACGAGCAGAACCAGGCCACCAUCGAGGAGGCUCAGCAGAAGGAGGAGGAGUUCCAGGCCAUGCUGGAGCAGCUGAAGAGGCAGCAGGAGGAGGCGCAGGUUGCCGCGGCAGCAGCCACGGAGAGCGGCGAGUACAGCGGGAGGGGCGCCCCCACCUCCGAGUCGUCCUCGGGGAUGUCGAAGCUCAGCUCCAAGAGUGCCAAGGAGCGACGCAACAGGCGGAAGAAGAGGAGGCAGAGAGAGGAAGAGGAGGGGAGGGGCGGCCGCGACAAGUUCCACAAGUCCGAGUCGGAGGACAGCAUCAAGAGGAGCAGCUUCCGCUUCUCCAUCGACGCCAACAGGCUCUCGUACGAGAAGAGAUGCUCCUCGCCCAACCAGUCUCUCCUCAGCGUCCGCGGAUCUCUCUUCUCGCCGCGGCGGAACAGCCGCGCCAGCCUCUUCAGCUUCCACGGCCGCGCCCGCGACAUGGGCUCGGAGAACGACUUCGCCGACGACGAGCACAGCACCUUCGAGGAGGGCGACAGCCGCCGGGGCUCCCUGUUCCUGCCGCGGCGCCUCGAGCGCCGCUGCAGCGCCGUCAGCCAGACCAGCCUCGGGGCGCCGCGCAUCGUCCUGCCCGCCAACGGCAAGAUGCACUGCGCCGUGGACUGCAACGGCGUGGUGUCCCUGGUCGGGGGGACGUCCGUAACCACCUCCCCCGGAGGUCUCCGGCUGACCGAGGGUACAACUACAGAUACUGAGCUCAAGAAGCGGCGGCCAGGUUUUCGCAAGCCUUCCAUGGAUUAUUUGGAUGAACCGGUGGCCCGGCAGAGAGCCAUGAGCGUGGCCAGUAUCCGCACCAACACCAUGGAAGAGCUGGAAGAGUCCAGACAGAAAUGCCCCCCUUGCUGGUACCGGUUUGCCAACACCUGCCUGAUCUGGGACUGCUUCCCCGCGUGGCUGAAAAUCAAGGACAUCGUCAAAACGGUGGUCAUGGACCCCUUCGUGGACCUGGCCAUCACAAUAUGCAUUGUGCUCAACACCCUGUUCAUGGCCAUGGAGCACUACCCCAUGACUAAAGAAUUCGACAGCGUCCUCUCAGUGGGAAACCUGGUGUUCACAGGCAUCUUCACGGCAGAGAUGUGCCUCAAGGUCAUCGCCCUGGAUCCCUACUACUACUUCCAGCAGGGCUGGAACAUUUUUGACGGCAUCAUCGUCAGCCUGAGCCUGAUGGAGCUCGGCUUAGCCAACGUGGAGGGCCUGUCCGUCCUGCGCUCCUUCAGACUGCUGAGGGUCUUCAAGCUGGCCAAGUCAUGGCCCACUCUGAACAUGCUGAUCAAGAUCAUCGGGAACUCGGUGGGGGCCCUGGGGAACCUGACGCUGGUGCUGGCCAUCAUCGUCUUCAUCUUCGCCGUGGUCGGCAUGCAGCUGUUCGGCAAGAGCUACAAGGAGUGCGUGUGUAAGAUUUCCGAGGACUGCCAGCUGCCCCGCUGGCACAUGCACGACUUCUUCCACUCCUUCCUCAUCGUGUUCCGGGUGCUGUGCGGCGAGUGGAUCGAGACCAUGUGGGACUGCAUGGAGGUGGCCGGGCAGACGAUGUGCCUGAUAGUCUUCAUGAUGGUCAUGGUCAUUGGAAACCUGGUGGUUUUAAACCUCUUCCUGGCUCUCCUCCUGAGCUCAUUCAGCGCCGACAACCUGGCGGCGACCGACGAGGACAGCGAGAUGAACAACCUACAGAUCGCCGUGGGCCGGAUCCAGCGGGGCGUCGCGUUCCUCAAAUCCGCCGUCCGGCAGUUCGUGCAGAGCCUCUGCUUUGGCGGCGGCGUUGGGAAGGGCUGCGGCCUGGCGGAGGAGAGCAAAACGCUGGAGGAGCUGCACAGCAACGGCAAGGGCAACUGCAUCUCCAACCACACGUCGGUGGAGAUCACCAAAGACCCCAGCGCGGUGUACAUGACGGAGGGCAACGGGCGCCCGGGAGGAGGGCUGGCGGUCGGGCUCGGCGGCGACUCGGCGGAGAAGUCCCCGGACGACGAGUGCGACUACAUGUCGUUCAUCCACAACCCCAGCCUGACGGUCACGGUGCCCAUCGCGGUGGGCGAGUCGGACUUCGAGAACCCCAACACCGAAGAAUUCAGCAGCGACUCGUCGGACGUGGAGGGCAGCAUAGAGCUCGAUGUAGAGCCCCAGCGGCUGAGCUCAUCGGAGGGGAGCACGGUGGACAUCCGCCCCCCGGGGGACGGGGUGGACUCGGUGGAGCUGGAGCCGGAGGAAUCGCUGGAACCAGAGGCCUGCUUCACGGAGGGCUGCGUGAUCAGGUUCCAGUGCUGCCAGAUCGAUGAGGAGGAAGAGCAUUUUAAGCGCUGGUGGACACUCAGGAAAACCUGCUUCAUCAUCGUGGAGCACAACUGGUUUGAAUCCUUCAUCAUAUUCAUGAUCCUGCUAAGCAGCGGGGCGCUGGCGUUCGAGGACAUUUACAUCGAGCAGCGGAAGACCAUCAAAAUCGUGCUGGAGUACGCGGACAAGGUUUUCACUUACAUCUUCAUCCUGGAAAUGCUGCUGAAGUGGGUGGCGUACGGCUUCGUCAAGUAUUUCACCAACGCCUGGUGCUGGCUGGACUUCCUCAUUGUGGACGUGUCCCUGGUGAGCCUCGUGGCGAACGCGCUGGGCUACUCUGAGCUAACGGCUAUCAAGUCGCUGAGGACACUGCGAGCCCUCCGGCCCCUGAGGGCCCUGUCUCGGUUUGAGGGCAUGAGGGUCGUGGUCAACGCGCUGCUGGGGGCCAUCCCCUCCAUCAUGAACGUGCUGCUGGUCUGCCUCAUCUUCUGGCUCAUCUUCAGCAUCAUGGGCGUCAACCUGUUCGCGGGGAAGUACUACUACUGCGUCAACACCACCACGGAUUUGGUCUUCCCGCUCGACGUGGUCAACAACAAGACCGACUGUCUGAAGCUGGCCAACGACAGCGCGCGCUGGAAGAACGUCAAGAUCAACUUUGACAACGUGGGGGCCGGAUACCUGGCUCUGCUGCAAGUGGCAACCUUUAAGGGCUGGAUGGACAUCAUGUACGCAGCGGUGGACUCUCGAGACGUGGAGGAUCAGCCCGAAUACGAAGUGAACUUGUACAUGUACCUCUACUUUGUCAUCUUUAUUAUCUUCGGCUCCUUCUUCACCCUCAACCUGUUCAUCGGCGUCAUCAUCGACAACUUCAACCAGCAGAAGAAGAAGUUUGGAGGUCAGGACAUCUUCAUGACAGAAGAGCAAAAGAAAUACUACAACGCCAUGAAGAAGCUGGGCUCCAAGAAACCACAGAAACCGAUUCCUCGGCCGGCGAAUGCAUUCCAAGGCUGCGUGUUCGACUGCAUCACAAAGCAGGCCUUCGACAUCGUGAUCAUGGUCCUCAUCUGCCUCAACAUGGUGACCAUGAUGGUGGAGACGGACGACCAGACGAAGGAAAUGGACAACACCCUCUACCGGAUCAACCUGGUCUUCAUCGUGCUCUUCACUGGGGAGUGCAUGCUCAAGAUGAUCUCCUUGCGUCACUAUUACUUCACCAUCGGCUGGAACAUAUUUGACUUUGUGGUGGUGAUCCUGUCCAUCGUAGGCAUGUUUUUAUCCGAAGUGAUCGAAAAGUACUUUGUGUCCCCGACGCUGUUCCGAGUGAUCCGUCUGGCCCGGAUAGGCCGCAUCCUCCGACUCAUCAAAGGGGCCAAGGGUAUCCGAACGCUCCUCUUCGCCCUGAUGAUGUCACUGCCCGCUCUGUUCAACAUUGGCCUGCUCCUCUUCCUCGUCAUGUUCAUCUACGCCAUCUUCGGCAUGUCCAACUUUGCCUACGUCAAGCACGAGGCGGGCAUCGACGACAUGUUCAACUUCGAGACGUUCGGGAACAGCAUGAUCUGCCUGUUCCAGAUCACCACGUCGGGCGGGUGGGACGGACUGAUGGCUCCCAUCCUCAACAAGAGGGAGCCCGACUGCGACAGCCAGAUGGAGCACCCGGGCAACAACCACACGGGCAACUGCGGCAACCCUUCGGUUGCCAUCUUCUUCUUCGUCAGCUACAUCAUCAUCUGCUUCUUGAUCGUGGUCAACAUGUAUAUCGCCGUCAUCCUGGAGAACUUCAGCGUGGCCACGGAGGAGAGCGCCGAGCCGCUGAGUGAGGACGACUUUGAGAUGUUCUACGAGGUGUGGGAACGCUUCGACCCCGACGCCACGCAGUUCAUGGAGUAUAGCAAGCUCUCUGACUUUGCCGACGCCCUGGACCCGCCGCUGCGCAUGGCCAAGCCCAACAUGCUCCACCUGAUCUCCAUGGACCUGCCGAUGGUGAGCGGCGAGCGCAUCCACUGCCUCGACAUCCUGUUUGCCUUCACCAAGCGGGUGCUCGGCGAGAGCGGCGAGAUGGACGUGCUGCGCGGGCAAAUGGAGGACCGCUUCAUGGCCUCUAACCCGUCGAAGGUGUCCUACGAGCCCAUCACCACCACCCUGCGGCGCAAACAGGAGGACAUGGCGGCCGUGAUUAUCCAGCGAGCCUUCCGGCGCUACAAGAUCCGCCUGGCCAUGAAGAAGGCCUCCGCCCUCUACAAGGAGCGGCUGAAGGAGGGCAUCCACGACCCCGACAAGGACGUGAUGGUCAUCGGAAAGUUCCCCGAAAACUCCACCUCUGAGAAAACGGACAUGACACCCUCGACGGCCUCGCCGCCGUCCUACAACAGCGUGACAAAAUCGUACAAUGACAAAUACGAGAAGGAAAACAGGGAAAAAGAAAACAAAGGUAGAGACAGAAAGAAAUAAGACUUUUAAACAACAUAGGUACAAAAAAAAAAAAAAAUCAAAUAUUGCAUCAGAGACGCGAGGGGAAACUUGUUUACAGCUUCUGAAGGGGGUGUGUAGAUGUACGCCUGGCUUUUGAAGAGCGCCACGUCAGGUGGGCGUGACGCGCGAGCGUGCUUUUGUCCUGUGUGAAUACGUGGGGGUCUUCUCAGAGACAAAACACUGCCGGAGGUGAGCCUCUCUGCACAAUGCGCUUGUGAUUUUCCUCUUGGUUGUUGUUACUGACACACUUGAGUGUAUCAUUAAGUCGUCUGUAGCUAGUGCUGCUGCUGCUACUAAUAUAAAUCCAGUGUCUUGAAUUUAACAAUCGCUGUAUCACUAAACAAGUACUCUGCGUUUUUAUUCACGGUUUUUUUUUUGCUUGUUUUUUCCGGUUUCUUUUCUUUUUCUUUUUUUUUUACGAGAAAGAAUGUUUUAUACUUUUUUUGUGUGUUUUUUGUGAAAACGUGUCCACUGCUUUCACUGUUGUAAAAUCACCAAGGGCAGACAAAGUCAAAAAAGCUGGAAACCUCAACAAUUGUUGAACUCUGUAUUGUGCUUCUGCCCCCCCCCCACACGCCCUCCCCCCAUUCCAAUGGAAACACAAGUUUCUGAUUACAGAGAAGCUGAAUGUAUGCAAAGAAUGAGACAUUUAAUGAAAUUGUUGACAUUUUGGGGAAUGUUCUUAGUUGCUGUUUUAGAUGAGAAGAUCAUUCUUUUAAACAUGGCGCUCGCCCCUCUAGCAAAGACGGAAAGCAGCGGCACAGCUAGCCUGACCCCCCCCCACCGAGGCUCACUAAUCAACAAGUCGUAUCUGGAGCUUUGAGCGUGCACGGAGUUGACGUGACGAUAUUCUCCAAAAACAACAAGGUGCGCACGGACCAAAGAUUCAGCGCAGAAGAAGGGGAAGAGGAAGGGGAAGGAACAUGGAGCUGCUCAGGCGGAAAUGUAAUGAAGUGUAAGCUCAUACGUCACGUCGGAUUUUUAAUGGACAUGCUUGUUUAAAAAAAAAAAAGUUGAAUACCUUGUAAUCAAGUUUUGACGUGCAAAAUAUUUACCUAAAUGCAGAUUGUAAAGAUCUCUUAGCUUUUAAAGCAUUUUAUAGCAACAAUUGGUCGUCUCUUAAUUAAUGUGACAUUUAAAGUAAAAACUCAUUCCUCUUUUGCUUCUUAAUUCAAGUUAUUGGCUUUUUGUCUUUGAAUGAAAAGCCCCUCGUUACCUCGCGCUAAAUAAGUGAUGACAUCACUAAACCGAGCUUCGGUCCGCUCGUUACGUCUUUUACAUCCAUUACAUGGACACGGUCUCCUGUCAGAAUACACGUCCAACGUAGGUUUAUUACACAAAAAGAAGAAGCGGUUGGGGUUGAAUAACAACGGAUCUCGAGGUUAAAUAACUCUUAUUUGUUAUGUACUUUCAAAUUGCUGGUAAGUUACGUACUUAAACUACAGUUAAAUAAGUCAACGGGGUCAAACAGACUCACAAACACGUUUAUAUUUUUUUCCUUAAAGGCUAGCUGGAGCGAGCCAGGCUAGCUGACGUCCUCGCCAACACGCUAAACCUCGCUGUUAGCUAACUUAUAGCUAAUUUAGUGACCCAAGUCUCAUCCCAAUGCACCACCUCUCCAGCCGCUCGAAUCUAACGUGCCUCCUCCAAAGCAUUCGCCCACUAUCCUCCCAGAGCUGUUGUGAAGGAGAGUCCUGAAUCAUAAAGAAAAUCUGUGUAUCUCUCACGCUUACCAAUGAAGCGCGCGGUGGAACGGCCUUUGUGUCGUCGUAAAUUGAGAAGCGAGUGGUUUUAAUCUACUGGUUUCUACAUAAUCCAGCUAUUUGAGACCACAGUAUGCAUCACACUUACUUUUUAAUGUAAGAGCACUUUUUAUCCUGCUUCUAUGUCACAAUUUGUACACGUGUGUGUGGACAUGUGUGUCUGUGUGUGUGUGUGUGUGUGUGUGUAAGGGAGAAUCUAUGUGUCUGUUUCUCAAUGUGAGCUUGCGUUUUUGUGACCGAUCAUGAAUAACAUUUAACAUUUUUAUGUCUUCGGAUUUGAUUUUCAAUUUUUUAUUCCUUUUGUACUGUAACACAUUACAAACACGUGUCUGGUCCCCUCAUGUAGAUAAACCAUGAAGCAACCAGUAGCCAUCUCUCAUUGCGCUUGUAGUGUUUUAGUGAACGUCAUUUCAAAGCCAAAAGAAUAAAGGACAUAUUUUUUGUAA